AUGGGCUUGUCAUCAUCGUCCAGUUUCUCUUCCUCAUCAUCGCGUUCCAGACGAAGGCGAAGGAGUGACAGCCAAAACAGGGAACAAGGUUGCCAUGAAAGCGAAGAUGGACAGCAGUUUCGGGAUGACGAUGAGCUUGCAAGCGUCCUAAACGAUAAACUUGCCAGCAUUGUAGAAGGCGUAUGCGCACACAAACAACAGCCAUAUUGCAACAAAGAUAAUGUUGCGGCGGGAAAUAUUCUGCCGCGGGACACCAUUGUCUCCACCAACGCUCGCACCAAAGACGAGCAGCGCAAAGCAGAGAAGGACCGCUCGGAUGAAUUCUUCCUCCAGUAUACUCAUAUUGAAAGAGCCGCAAUAAGAAUCCAGCAAAACUUCCGCCAGAGAAAGCAGCAAAUGCCUGCGAUACAAGGGGACGAUAACGCUUUGAAGUGUUGUAGCGGAGGCUCCAAUUCUGGUGGUUUCGACAUUGAUCCUAUGUUCCGUGAUAGUGUCACCAGCAACGCUGGGGCUGGUGGAUUUACAAGUUCUCCAUCAGGACUGAAAGCCAUGGCUGGACAAGCUGCAGGAUCUGCUAGUAGUUCAGUUGGCGCUGGGGCCUCUGCGGGUUUAUCUGCUGGGGCUGCUAGUGCAACUGUCACAGGGGUAGUGACAGCCGCUAUUGCCGCAACAGUUGCUGGAGCAAUAGUUACUACAGUUGCCGUGACAUCAGCUGUUGCGACGUCUGAAAACGCCCCUGGUAUCAUCUUUACACCUGAUGUCAAUCAGAUCAUAUCGCGAUGUGGGCUUGUUUCUCCAGAGAGCCGCAUAGGAAUGUUCGGCAUGUUGUUUGAAGGAUUUUCGAGGCCUUUGAACGGACGAGAAUCAGCCUUGUUGGAAGACAUCGUGUUCGAUGCCUACAACAACCUUACUGUUGGUGAACAUGUGGGUCCUGUGGGGAAAUGUCUUGAUCCACUGUCGCGAGAAAUGCAAGUUGUCAAGAUUAUUAACCAGGCGAAUGUCCCUCUAGUGGAGGGAUUACAAGGGUCGUCAUUCUUGGAGAUAGUCUUCGAAACAAUGAUUAUCUGUGACGGUUGUUUGGCAUCGCGUCCCUUGUUCAAAACCGAGAAGGGGCAAAAAUCUGAAACAGCAUUGGACAAAGACAACUACGAUUCUCAAAACCCGACAAGACGUUUGCGAGGGACACUGGUAGAACGACAACUUGAAGAAGAGACAAAGCUAUUGCUGGAUCAACUGUCAGAUGAUAUUUCAACGUUUGAUGAUGUCAGUGGCGCUGACUUCUUCCACCGGCUGAUCCUGAAGGUAAUUGUUGCGACGGAGGAACUGAGUGAGAUCGAGGAGCUUCCCAAGGGGUUUGUAAAGGUGGCCCAAGCAUACGUUAAGGCUACUCCCAUAGAAGAAGAUGUUUCAUUGGGCGUACCUCCCCAGGAUAGCGAUAUGGGUAGUACAGGUGGAAGCAGCGGUAGCGAUGGUGACAGUAGUGAUGGUGGAAAUAGUCUAGGAAACCGAAUUGUGGCAUCGGAGUAUGUACUGUUUGUGGAGAUCAAGUAUCAAAAGCAAGCACACGGAGGGAAGGCUGCCUUUUCUUUUACAUAUAUGGAGGAAGAAACAGGAGGGGCCGUGACUGAAGUGCUGGUGACAGACCCUACGGAUCCCUUGUCAGUUCUGAUUCAAUCAACUCCAUUCCCCACAUUUCAGCCAUCUCAAGGGCCAACUACAAGUCCUGAUGUCAACCCAACAACUGCAUUUUCGAGUCAACCGACAGCAAUACAGAGUGAAAGCCCGAUUCAGAGCCCUUCCGAAGUGCCUAGCUUCAUUUCAGUCUCGAUUCCAUCAACUCCGCCCCCUCCCUCUCCUCCAUCUCAAAAAGCAACUACAAGUCCGAAUGUGAACCCAACACCGGCAUUAUCGAGUCAACCGACAGCAAUUCGAACUGAAAGCCCAAAAGAAAGCUUAAACGAGAGCCCUUCCAAUUUGCCUAAUGGACCAAGUGAGACUCCUAGCUCGAUUCCCUCAUCAAUUUGGAGUGAAUCUCCAUCUGCUGCACAACCUCCAGAGCCUUAUCAGAUUCCCAAUGUCAUUCCGAGUGAGAAUCCGGGCUCGAUCUCUUCAACAAAACCAUCAAUUAUUCCUUCCACGGUUCUUUCACUCUUGCCAUCUUUUGUUCCUUCCGUGAUGCCGUCGAUGAUCCCCUCCCCCAUCCCAAAUACGGUUCCUUCAACGAUUCCUUCGAUAAUCCCGUCAAUGAAGCCAACUUCUAAAACGUCUGAUAGUCCCUCGGUGAAUCCAAUCUCGGAACCUUCAAGAUCCCCAACAUUGGUACCGUCAGCUGCUCCCAGCCGCUCACCAACAACGGUGCCGUCGAGUACAUCAACCUCUGCCUCUUCGGCAAACCCCACAAACGCAUACGAAUGGAGAUUUGAGAUUUGGCUUCUUCACGAUAAUAACAAUUCUGAGGAUACCCAAGAUGAUGUCACUUUCUCAUUCUACUCUGGUGGCAGUCUGAAAGAUUCAACCUUCUUCAAUGGUGUUACUGGGGCUAACUUGACAACGACAGUUCACACGCAGGAAGACCUGGACGAGGUCAUCGUCUCCAUCAAUGGAGACGAUGCGAUGUUCAUUGACUAUGCAGAGCUGCAGAAAGAUGGCGUAUCUAUAAAGCGAUGGGGAGGUGACGAAGGUGCCGGGUGGUGCUUGUCAAUGGACUCUUCAUAUUCUUUUGAUAGGCAAUCUGGGCACUGCGCUGCAAGCAAGAUUUUUGCUGUAUAA